AUGGCGGACAAAGGCAUGUUAAAACGUAUAUCGUUAUCCUCAAAAAGUCGAGCAAGUUUUCCUUCUGGGAGUGUCGGAUCACCUACUACUGUUCCCAGUGUUGGCGUUGUGCCUGGCUGUAGCAAACCUCCCCUUGUAAAGCCGGCAUUGGUUAGCAACAUAUCUUCGCCAGGGUCACCUGAUCAGUCCGUUCUAGUGCCACACAUCAAAACAACUGAAAAUUCAAAAGUUUUGCCAAAAUAUACAACUGUCCUUGCAAACACUACAGAGGAUCUGAUACCAGCAGAAGAUUUAGAUACGAUUCAACUUGAACUGGAGUUGCUUCUUUCGACGGUAGCUCUGAGAUCGCGUGUGUUGAAAACCGAACUAGAAACUAUUGACAAAGCUGAUGAAAAACGUGAGCGCAAAGGGAAACAUCUAGAAAGAGCACCUGCCUCGCCAGGCAAACGAAAACGUUUGGAUGAGAAACAGAAGCUUCGUGAGAAUGCAGGGAAAAUGAUUGGCCAUCAAAUAAAACUGUCAAAAAUAAAGCAUUCUACCACUCUUGUGCCUCCGUCUCCGGCACCUUCUCAAAACACUGACGACAGCAUGGAUGCAGUCCCCUUCUUGCCACAAAAUCAUCAUCUACAACAUUUGAGCAGCGAUAGUAGCAAACCAAUUCUUCCAAAAAAUGACACACCUAACAAAUUUUGGCUGUCUGUAGAACCAUACUGCAUGCCAAUUUCCCACGAGGAUUUAAAACUUUUAGACGACUUACUAGAGGAAUACUCCGGUCCACUGAUUCCUCCGAUACCAGAGCUUGGACCGCACUAUAGUACACAAUGGGCUGCAGAUGAUAUAAAGGAAGAACAAGAUGGCGUAGCAAAUUCUCUUGGGUCCAAGUCAAAAUCUAAAACUCUCACCAAUGGAGAUGUCGGUAAAAAGGAAAAAAUAAUGGGCGAAGGAAUUACCGGCCCUCUAACACAACGGCUCGUUUCUGCACUAAUGGAGGAGAACCUACAUCCUGAUGGUAACAGCACUAGUAACGAGAAUAGCAAUUGCAGUUCUGAUAUAAUGCAUAGUAUCAACGCCCGUAGUGCCGUUGCACUGCUAAAGAAUGGAAUUAGUAUUGAACGCCGGCUUCGAAAAGAGUUGAUAGAGCAAGGAAUUCUUGAUGCAGAUGAUAUGCCAAAAAGUCAACAAGAUGAUGAAAUUCUUUCCGAGAUAAAUCGUGUCCGCACAGAGUUGGCUGUUAUUGCAGAAUAUAAUUCAAACGAAAUUCGUAAACUGCAGUCAAUGGCAAAAGAUGAGAUGAAGCGCAUCGAAGUCAAACGAAAAUUGGAUCGAGUUGAUCAAGAGAUAAUGGACUCAUAUCAAAAAGUUAUUGCCGCCAGACUUAAACGACGACCAUUGACCAAACAGGAAAGGGAUGAAGUGUACCGGUUAACUGAGGAACAGAAACGUCUCUCUGAUCAAUUGGAGCUAAUGCCAGUUCAUGGUCCGUUCGGCAGAAACUACUGAGUAAUUGACGGCAUUUUACUUUCUUUAAGCAACCUGAGCUGCAAAAACAAUGGGAUGAUAGUGUUUUUCAUCGAAUUAUUAAAUUACCAACUACAAGUUUUGAAAUGAACACAAGAUGAUUUAUUUAAAUUUGUCUAUUUUGUUUAAGAGUUAGAAAUUGUCAUUUCUAUGCUAUUAUGGUUCGAUCAAUGCAAAAAAGAUUAAUAAAACAGCGUUA